CUUUCAUAACCAGAGGAGUAUAAAUGCUUGCUUUGGUCCAGGCUGCAAACAUUCCUACAAGAACGGUUGUCUGUCACAAUGAUUUACCUUACAGGUCUUGUUGGCUUUCUACUGGUUCUGACAGCUGAGGCUAGAGUUGGAAACUCCUCUCAGCUGCGGUUCUGCUCUGAGACAGAAGAAUGUCUGCUGUUCGAUCUCGUUUGUGAGGGCAGUGAAUAUGAGGUGCGUCAAUAUGACUCUGUGAAAUGGGUUUCUACUAACGAGACCUCCUAUGCCAUGGAAUUUGCUGCACCAAAGGCUUUCAUGCGACUGUUCAAAUACAUCACCGGUGAAAAUGAGAACGGAAAGAAAAUUGAAAUGACGGCUCCCGUUGUUGUCAAAAUGCCUGAAAAGAAGUUUUGGGAAAGGGGAGUGUACACAAUGAGUUUCCUGCUGCCAGCUGAGCAUCAGAAGAAUCCUCCUAAGCCUACCAACAACCGCGUUUACAUCCAUGAGACACCAGCUAUGAACGUGUAUGUGAGGAGCUACGGAGGAUGGAUGACAACCAUGUCAGACAGCCAGAAUGCAAAUGAACUCUCCACCGCCCUGGACAAGGAUAAUGCAAAGUACCAAGAAACCCACUCCGCUGUUGGAUAUAACAGUCCAAUGACCUUGUUUAACAGACACAACGAGGUGUGGUUUGUUGCUGAGGGUGAACCCGUGUGUCUCGGCAGCAACUAAGAUGGCAAAUCUCCCACCUGAAGAUUAUGAGCCCUGUAAAUGUCAGCAGAGAACAUCUUUGGAGCUAUGUUGUAGAUUAACAUAACCAAAAGUCACAUUUCAAGCAUAAAACUUCAUGUAAGACCUCAAAUUUCAAAUGUGUAUGACUUGAAUAGUUUUACAAAUCUACUGUGAUCCCUUUCUCUACAUCCAAUAAAGUUACUUUUUUA